AUGGUUACUAUUUCAAAUACUCAUACAGAUUUAAUACAUGAUGCAGUAUUAGAUUACUACGGGAAAAGAUUGGCUACGUGUUCAUCAGACAAAACAAUUCAAAUUUUUGAAGUUGAGGGUGACUCGCACAAGUUAGUUGAAACUUUGCACGGCCAUGAGGGUCCUGUGUGGCAGGUAGACUGGGCGCACCCUAAAUUUGGUGUGAUUUUGGCUUCUUGUUCAUAUGAUGGUAAGGUUCUCAUUUGGAAAGAGGAGAAUGGACGUUGGUCUCAAAUUGCAACAUCUGAGGUGCACUCAGCUUCGGUAAAUUCUAUAAAAUGGGCGCCACAUGAAUAUGGGCCAUUGCUGCUUUGUGCAUCUAGUGAUGGUAAGUUUUCUGUUGUGGAAUUUAAGGAAAAUGGUACCACUUCUCCAAUUAUUAUUGAUGCACAUGCUAUUGGUGUUAAUGCGGCAUGUUGGGCGCCGGCAACCAUUGAAGAAGAUGGACAGCAUCCGCAGCAAUUACGCAGAAUUGCAACAGGUGGUGCUGAUAAUCUUGUUAAGAUUUGGAAAUUCAAUUCGGAGUCGAACACUUAUUUACUAGAAGAUACCUUGUCUGGCCAUAGCGAUUGGGUUAGAGACGUUGCAUGGUCUCCUUCUGUUCUGCCACGGGCAUAUUUGGCCACAGUGUCACAGGAUCGCACAUGCAUAAUCUGGACUCAAGAAAAUAGCCAUGGUCCAUGGCAGAAGACCCUUUUGAAAGAGGAGAAGUUCCCAGAUGUAUUGUGGAGGGCCAGUUGGUCAUUGUCUGGUAAUAUUUUGGCGUUGUCCGGUGGGGACAACAAUGUAACUUUGUGGAAGGAGAACUUGGAAGGGAAAUGGGAAUCUGCAGGUGAAGUAGAACAAUGA